AUGGCGAGCCGCAGGACAUCUGGGGGCGAUUGGGGCUGGGUCUUCAAGAAAGAAACCAAGCGCUCUGCAGCGGAACUGGCACCACCCAAGGCUGUAGAUCUUGGACGAAGCCUUAGUUCUCCAUGCAUGUUGACGGGCGAAGGCGUCAAGGAAUCCAUUCGUGUGCUCGGAAGCCGGGCCUUCGAGGAUGGCGCCCUUGCGGCUUCCGGCCGCCAAGCCAUUCAGUUGUCGACUUUUUCGGGGCGCAGCCUUCAGCCUUCAGCACCAGCGCCAGCACCUGCGUCGGCGCCAAACUUUGUGGUGCCCAUGACCU